AUGAAUUUGAAUUCAAUCCUUGAAUCAGUAAAUUCUACAGAAGAUGAUGAUGAAAAAUUUUACGAAAAUUUAUAUGAGAUACUUGGUUGCACAUCUUCUUGUACUACAGAACAAAUUUCUACAGAAUAUAAAAAACGUGUAUUAAGUUGUCAUCCUGACAAAGUUAAAGAUG